GGCGACGAUCACGUGACCGUGAUACGUCCCUGUGAUAGGACGACGUAGGAAUCACGUGUAAAUAUAACGGAAGAACAACAACAUCCACGGAACUAAACUAAGCUGAACUUCUGGCGCUGCAUUGCGUGUUAGUGCUACUAUAAAUCCACAAAAUAAUUGGUUGUGGGAAAUAAUAAUGGAAGCUAAGUUAAAGAAAGAGUUGGGCACCGCCAUGCUGAAGUCCACUGGUCACUCAGGAGGAGGAUGUAUAAGCGAGGGCCAGAGUUAUGAUACUGACACUGGGAGAGUGUUUGUGAAGAUAAAUCACAAGAGCGAGGCCAAAUUGAUGUUUGAUGGGGAGAUGGCCAGUUUGGAAGCCAUUUUAAAGACAGAAACUGUUAAAGUCCCCAAGCCUGUGAAGGUGAUUGAACUGGACACAGGAGGAUGUGUACUUGUGAUGGAGCAUCUGGACAUGAGAGGUCUUACCAAGUACUCAAAGCACCUAGGAGAGCAGCUGGCAGAUCUGCAUGUUCACAACAAGAGACAGUUGGACAAAUUAAAUAAAGAGCAGCAGACAGUGGGAAAAGGAGCUGGACAAUCAGAGGUGGCGGUUGUUGAAACAUUUGGCUUCAGUGUACCUACAUGCUGUGGAUAUCUACCUCAGGAAAAUGAGUGGCACGAUGACUGGGUGAUGUUUUACUCCCAGCAGAGGCUGCAGCACCAGCUUAACAUGGUGGAGAAAUCGUAUGGAGACAGGGAGGCCAGAGAACUAUGGGCCAAGCUACAGCUGAAGAUCCCUCAGUUUUUCACAGAUGUGGAGAUUGUCCCCGCUCUCCUCCAUGGAGACUUAUGGGGAGGCAACGUGGCACAGUGUGCAGAGGGCCCAGUCAUCUUUGACCCAGCCUCCUUCUACGGCCACUCAGAGUAUGAGCUGGGUAUCGCGGGGAUGUUCGGUGGCUUCAACAGCUCUUUUCACUCUGCUUACCAUGAAAAGAUUCCUCAAGCACCAGGCUUUGCAAAGAGAAACCAGCUUUACCAACUCGUCCACUAUCUGAAUCACUGGAACCACUUUGGUGGGGGCUACAGGGGCUCUUCAAUAAGUAUAAUGAAGAACCUACUGAAGUAAUUGUACUCGCAUUCUAUUGUAGAAAGCGUCAUAGACUUAAACUCAAACCAAGUAUUAUGUAUGUAUUGCCAGAUGCUAAUUUGACCAUAAAUAGUGUGGCUAAUUGUUGAAGAGACUAAACAUAACAUUCUAACAUUGUAAUGUCUGUCACAUUGUGUAGACAAUACAGAAUCAACAUAGCUAAAGAGUUUUGCCCUGUCUGCUCCAUCUGUACCAACCUGCUUCAUAUGAAAUCUUUAAUUGUAUGUUUGAACAAGGAUAUAUACUCUAUAGGCAUUUUUAAAUUCUGUAUUUCCUACACUGACUUGUGUGUAGGUUAGACAACCAAACAUGACCCUUAAUAUGCAAAACUGUUUAAAAAGGAAAGGCUUACCACACACCAAGACCUCAUCUCUUUUCUUAAUUUUUUUAAUUAUUUAAUUGGCUGCAUUGAACCAGCCACUGACUGAUUGGACUGCUGUGCCAAGGACAUCACAUUUUCCCAGUGAAUGCGAUACUUUAUGCUUUAUUUACGUCAUGUACACCUACAAAAUGUCGCUGUAUUUUAAUUAACGCUUGAAAUAUUUAAUGUCCACCGCUUAGUCAACGGUACAUCCUGGGUUGAACCAAAGUAUUUGUCCUGACCUGCUGUAUUUGUUAUUUAUCUGGUAUGAGAACGGUAGGGGAUCAGACUGUAAGACCUCCCUCAUCAUAAAUAAGUCUUAGUUUGAUCCCUGCCACCAAAUGAACAACAGCUUCCUCUCCCAGGCUGUUGUACACCUUUCCUCCCAGCACAACUUAGUAACAUAACAUACACAUAUUAACCUAGUCACCUUAAUUUUGGUUGCUACUUUGCUUAUAUGUGUGGUGUUAUGUUGAUAUGUACAUUUUUGUUUUAUACUAGAGUAUUUGCUCUUUGCAGUAUAUUAGACAUACUCAGAUUUUGAUGCACCCAUAGACUUUAUAUAUUUUAUGUUUUUGUCUUUAUGCUUUAAUGUUUUCUCAGGUAUAAAUUAACAGUCCUUCAUGAACUUGAAAUGAAAAAUCACAAUGGUCCAGGCUGUGCCAUUGAACCAGUAAUUCACAGCUCUGCUAUGUAGCGUAACAAAUGCUUGGGAAAUUGCACUGAUGGGAAAAGUAUUCAAUGAUUUAAGAUAAAAGUACUAGACUAGAAAUACUACAGAUAAAAGUCAUGCAUUCAAAAUGUAACUAACUUGAGUAAAAGUACAAAAUUAUUAUCAGCAAAUGAUUAUUUGUCUGUCUGAAUGGGCCCUGUCAGCAUGAUAUUACCACAUUACUGGACCAUUAUUAUUGAUGCACUAACAUGUAAAAGCACUUAAAUGUUAUAGUUGUUUGAGGUUGAGCUAAUUUUAAAUAUUUUAUAUACUCUUGUUAGAUCUGUAACAAGGUAUGAUAUUUGAUAUAGGCCUAUGAUCACUUUCGUUUGUAAAAUCUUGAUCUGAAAACUAACUUGUAGGCUAGUUAUAGGUAGCUGUCAAAAAAGGUACAAUAUUGUCAUCUGCAAGGUAUUAGAGUAAAUGUAUAAAG